UUUCGCACUUUUAUGGCUGCAUCACCUCCGCGCGAAGUACGCCUGUGUACACAUGACCGAAAAUGGUGUUUUGACGCCGGGUGUGAGGAGUUGCUGCUGGGAUUCGCGGGCGGCGUUUCGACCCUAACUAAGAGUCCCUGGUCCCCUGUUACCGUUCCUUGCGUAGUUUGGCUUAUGCAGAUUAUUGCAGUGUGCAGUGCGCAUCCGCCGGCGCAAAGCCCACCCACGCGGAAUGACGGAUUGGUGUUGGAAGCAGCGAGGGUGGUGGAGAAACUAGAGCCCAGCCGGCGCUAAGCUGGUAAGCUGGGACAGAAUGUAUUUUUACUUCUUUCUUUUUCUCUGUGUAUUUCCCUCAAUCCCUGCCGCUGCUGUUGAUCGUAGAGAAGAGCGGAGGCUAUUGGCUGGUUUGAUGGUUGGCGAGGUUGACGGCAAUCAUAUUUGUGGUCGUUGAUUCCGUUUGCUGCUGGCUGGAUGCUGGCUGGAUGCUGGCGGCUGGAGGUUGGUAACCUUCUCACUAUCUCCACGUGAUGAUAGCUGUCCGCGUUCGUUAGCUUCGCUCGAAAAAUUUCACUCCGGCAGAACCUCGAAAGGGGAAGAAAAAUAGACCACGAGCUUGGGGGAGCAGUUCAUCAGAGCAAAAAAUAAUAAAAAGGAAAACGAAGUGUGAGACACUCAGGCAGUUGGCCUCCCGUUUUAUAUUUCAAAUAUUAAUUUCGAGCUGUUCCACUCGUCAUGGCGGCUGCACUCUAGCCGUAAAAAAAGUUUAGCGUUUCAACCCCAGGGCGCAUUUGAGCUCGCACUUGAGCUCGCACUCCCUGUGACUUCUCUACGCUUCGGAUAUUCCCUUCUACUUCAAUUGCAUUUUGGCUUGGGUUUAAUCCCUUCUGUUUUACCCCGCCAUGGCGCCCUCUACAGCUACAGAAUGGUCAGUCGAGUACGACACUCUCCGCCGUGAGCGGUUAUUCCGAAACCCCCCCAAGGAUCAGACCGCAUAUCCGUCCCUCUCAGCAACCAUCCGACCCCAUAUCGAUUCCUUCAAUGCCCUAUUUGACGACCACAAAGUCUUAGAGGCUGCAAUAAAGGAUAUUGGCACCAAGUCAUUCCUGGACGGUGAUGCGGAAACACUGGAGCAGAAGCGGGCUAGGCUGGAGGAAGGGAGACGGGCACCCCGAAGAAACAAGCUCUCCGUGCGCAUUACGGAGCUGUUCCUUGAAAAGGCUAUGCUUCCGGCAUCAAACAAGUUCAGUACACGGAACAGAGAAAUCUACCCUUCAGAGUGUCGGGAGAGACAUGCAACAUACCGUGGCAGAUUAAGAGCGCGACUGGAGUAUAAGGUGAACAAUGGCGAGUGGAAAGAGUCGGUCAGAGAACUAGGCCAGGUUCCGAUCAUGCUAAGGUCCAACCGGUGCCACCUCGAAAAGGCUUCCCCGGAACAGCUUGUCCAACGAAAGGAGGAAUCUGAAGAACUUGGCGGCUAUUUCAUUGUCAAUGGAAACGAGAAGCUCAUUCGAAUGCUGAUUGUUGGGCGAAGGAAUUUUCCCAUGGCCAUCGUCCGUAACUCUUUCACGAAACGUGGCCCAACAUAUACAAAAUACGGUAUUCAAAUCCGUUCCGUUAGGCCUGAUCAGACUUCUCAAACGAACGUUUUACAUUACCUCAGCGACGGCAAUGUGACAUUCCGGUUUUCUUGGAGGAAAAAUGAGUUCCUUGUCCCGGUAGCGAUGAUAUUGAAAGCACUGGUAGAAACGAAUGACCGGGACAUUUUCGAGCGGUUAGUUGGCCGUGAAGGAUCUAAGGGAAUUCAAAACUCCUUCGUUACUGAUCGAGUCGAACUGCUUUUACGGACGUACAAAGGAUAUGGACUUCAUGGGAGGGACGACACGAGAGCUUACCUUGGAGAGAAAUUCCGGCCUGUUUUGGGAAUGCCUGCAGAUAUGCCGGAUGAGGCCGUGGGCACGGAAUUUCUUCGAAAGGUCGUAUUACCACAUCUCGGUAACCAAAAUGUGACUGAGUCUCAAGACAAUGAUAAGUUCAAUAUGAUACUUUUCAUGAUCAGGAAGCUCUAUACCCUGGUGGCGGGAGAUUGCGCUCCGGAUAACCCUGACGCUAUUUCAAACCAAGAAGUACUUCUUGGCGGUUUUCUCUACGGGAUGCUCUUGAAGGAGCGCCUCGAGGAAUGGCUGAGAUCCUUCGGCCCUGUUGCGCGUGAUUGGGCUUUCAGAAAUCAAAAUGCACCAUUCUCAGAUCCAAGAUUUGAGAAGGAAUUCCUCAGUAGAAUUGUGACCAGGACGAAUGAAAAUAUUGGUGGUGCGCUGGAGUAUUUCCUCUCCACCGGUAACCUCGUCAGUCCAACGGGUCUUGACCUACAACAACCAUCUGGUUAUACUGUUAUAGCCGAGAAAAUUAACUUCUACCGGUUCAUCAGCCAUUUCCGAAUGAUACACAGAGGAAGCUUUUUCGCGCAGCUUAAAACGACCACCGUUCGUAAGCUUCUCCCUGAGAGCUGGGGAUUCCUUUGCCCAGUCCAUACACCCGACGGAAGUCCCUGCGGACUUUUAAACCAUCUCGCCCAUAAGUGUGAAAUCGCAACAAGUAACUUGGAUGUCUCCGGCGUCCCUCAAGUGAUAUCGAAUUUAGGAGUGACCUCUGAGUCCUCCGUGGCUCUGGAUGAGAGUGUGGUAGUCCAGCUGGACGGGCGAAUUCUUGGUUACUGUUCCCCGAAACAGGCUCGCAUGAUUUCUGACACUCUGCGGUAUUGGAAGGUUGAGGGACAUCGAAGUCUUCCCGUGGAACUUGAAAUCGGAUAUGUUCCCAACUCGAAUCGGGGGCAAUACCCAGGCAUCUAUCUAUUUUCCCAAUGUGCGAGGAUGCUACGGCCAGUCAAAUACCUCCCGCUGGACAAACUUGACUAUGUUGGCCCGCUAGAGCAGCCAUACAUGGAAAUUGCCUGCCUUCCGUCCGAUAUCACAUCCGGCGUAUCUACCCAUGUGGAAUUCGACCCUACACACAUCCUCUCGAUUGUCGCCAACAUGACUCCAUUCUCCGACUUCAACCAAUCUCCCCGUAAUAUGUACCAAUGCCAAAUGAGUAAGCAGGCGAUGGGAACACCGGGAUCAUCUAUGGAAUACCGUACCGACAACAAACUCUACCGGCUACAAACCGGGCAAAGCCCUGUUGUUCGGAGCCCUCUCUAUAAUAGCUACGGACUUGACAACUUCCCUAACGGCAUGAAUGCUGUUGUGGCUGUGUUGUCAUAUACUGGUUACGACAUGGACGACGCUAUGAUUAUCAAUAAAUCUGCCCAUGACAGAGGAUUUGGGUGGGGCACAAUCUACAAAACAAAAAUAUACUCCCUUGAUGACAAGGAAUCUCGUGGCCGGGGUAAGGCGAGACGGGAGGUUAGCAAACUAUUUGGGUUCGCACCGGGCGGUCUUGUUAAAGGAGAAUGGCGCGAUGCUCUGGACGAAGAUGGUCUCCCUCACAUCGGCGCCCGUGUGACCGAAGGCAGCCUCGUCGCUGCAUGGCAUACAGUCCGCUUCGACCCGGUAUCGAACUCCUACGUCAACAUUGACAGACAAACUCACUUCCUCAAGUACAAGGACACCGAAGAGGGCUACGUUGACAGCGUCCGCAUCCUUGGCUCCGAAACAGGUGGUGACCCCUGCCAAGCCCUCAGCGUCAAAUUCCGCAUCCCUCGAAAACCACUCAUUGGAGAUAAAUUUUCCUCCCGCCACGGGCAGAAGGGUGUCUGCUCCCAGCUGUGGCCUGCAAUCGACAUGCCCUUCUCCGAAACUGGCAUCCAGCCCGACAUCAUCAUCAAUCCGCACGCUUUCCCCUCCCGAAUGACAAUCGGUAUGUUCAUCGAGUCCCUCGCGGGCAAAGCUGGCGCUCUCCACGGCCUCGCGCAGGACGCCACGCCGUUCCGAUUCUCCGAAGAGAACACCGCAGGCGACUUCUUCGGCGAACAACUACGCAAAGCCGGUUACAACUUCCACGGCAACGAACCCAUGUACUCCGGCAUAACCGGCCGCGAGUUUGCCGCCGACAUCUACCUAGGCGUCGUCUACUAUCAACGUCUCAGACACAUGGUGAACGACAAAUUCCAGGUGCGGACGACGGGUCCCGUGAACGCAUUGACAGGGCAGCCCGUCAAGGGCCGUGCAAAAGGUGGUGGUAUCCGUGUCGGAGAGAUGGAGCGCGAUUCACUCCUUGCCCACGGCGCCGCUUUCCUCCUGCAAGACCGGCUGAUGAACUGCUCGGACACCACGCGCUCGUGGAUCUGCAGGACGUGUGGCUCGUUCCUGUCAACGCAGGUUGCUGUCUCCAAGCUCAUGGCGCCCAGUAAAAACCCGGCUAUGGCUGCUGUCGCGAAGUCGUCGUCAUCAGGUCUGGCGAGGCCUGGUGGUGCUGUGAGUGCGUUGGGUGGCACUGCGGGGAUUGUGCGCUGCCGUCGGUGCGCGAGGGAAGCUAUCUUCGAUGACCCCCGAGCUGAAGUAUGGGAGGACGGAGAGGGGAAGAGGUUUGUUGGUGGAGAUGAUACGACGGUUGUUGCCGUGCCGGGCGUGUUGAAGUAUUUGGAUGUUGAGCUGGCGGCUAUGGGCAUCAGGAUGACAUUUAAGGUUAAUAAUUGAGGUUCCAUGACAGUGAGAUGGCGGUUCAAGGACUGGGUUUGGAUCGCCCCUUGGAAUAACGGAAAGAAAAAACAAAAACAAAAAUAUGGAGGAGAUAUUGUAAUUGGCGUAAGAAGCUAGAUAUGUUAUUGCAUCUUGUGUUAUUUCUGGAAUCCUUUUCAUCACCGUCGCUUUCUCUUCAUAUCUGGCGAAAAAUAUCUCUCUGCGUACGAUCUUGCAUGUAUCUAGCUAUAGUUUCUUUCUUAUACAGUGGUCCUUUCCAUGUCCUUGCUCCCAAUCAUCUGAACGACCCGUCUAUGUAACCAGCUGAUCAAGUAAUAUUAAUCCGCAGAACAUCUACUCCGUAGCGAUAGAGGGAGACCCAAUACAAAGUGUUUUAGUGAAGAGGAGUUAGCCCCCCUAUUAAACUUACCCUUCCCUGCUCGUUCAUUUUUUAACG